AUGGCCACAAUACCCAAGAGCGCUGCUCAAGGACAGCCCACCCCCAGAAAAGAAAAGCCCUCGCCCCUCCGCUCCAUCAUCGCCGGCUCCACUGCAGGCGCCGUAGAAAUCGCCAUCACCUACCCCGCCGAAUUCGCCAAAACCCGCACCCAACUCAACUCGCGCCUAUCCGCCGCCCAAAAGGUUGCCUUCCCUCCCUUCGGCCCCCAGUGGUACGCAGGGUGCACCACCUUAAUCAUAGGCAACAGCAUCAAAGCCGGCGUACGUUUCGUUGCCUUUGACCAAUACAAAUCCAUGCUCUCUGCAGCAGAUGGAACGAUAUCAGGACCAAUGACUGUCGUGUCGGGGUUUUUGGCAGGCGCGACAGAGUCGCUACUGGCUGUGACGCCUUUUGAGUCGAUCAAGACGCAACUUAUCGAUGAUCGAAAAGGCGGAAAUCCGCGCAUGAGGGGAUUUCUACACGGGAGUGGUUUGAUUUGGAGGGAACAGGGUGUGAGGGGGUUUUUCAAGGGGUUUGUUCCUACGACGGCGAGACAAGCAGCGAAUUCUGCGGUUAGGUUCUCGAGUUACACGAGUUUGAAACAGCUGGCGCAGAGUUAUGUUGCGCCAGGAGAGAAAUUGGGGACGAUUAGUACGUUUGGGAUUGGAGCUGUGGCAGGCACAAUUACAGUUUAUGCGACGCAGCCAAUUGAUACGGUAAAAACGAGGAUGCAGUCGAUUGGGGCGAGGGGGGAAUACAAACAUAGUGUGGAUUGUGCGGUGAAGAUUGUGAGAGAAGAGGGAUUUCUCAAGUUGUGGUCAGGGGCGGUGCCGAGGUUGGGGAGGUUGAUGUUUAGUGGAGGAAUUGUGUUUACCAUGUACGAGAAGACGAUGGAGUUGUUGGAUAAGGCGGACCCGCAAAAAAAGUACAUCUGAGCGUGUUGUGGUGAAGCGUGAGAACACGG